CUUCUUUGCCCUCUUUAGAUUUCCCGGCUUUCUUCUCUGGUGUCUCGCUCUUUUUUUCUUGUUUUUUUCUUGUUUUCUUUCCUCUCAUCUUGCCUCUCUCACGCCUUUCCCAUAUACGCCCUCCUCCGAUGCUGACAGCCUAGAGGAAACUACCCUGCUCAUCUUCACCACUACCAGCUGCGUCAUCAAGCACAAGCACCAUGACGACCACCUACAUCCCCGAGUCCGCCCGUGAUCGCUUUGACUAUGUCGUCGUGGGCGGCGGCACCGCCGGAUGCAUCAUCGCAUCCCGGCUGGCCGAGUACCUGCCCGAGAAGAAGAUCCUGGUGAUCGAGGGCGGCCCCAGCGACUUCAUGGACGACCGCGUCCUCAAGCUGGACCAGUGGCUGGCGCUCCUGGGCGGCGAGCUGGACUACGACUAUCCAACAACGGAGCAGCCCAUGGGCAACUCGCACAUCCGCCACUCGCGCGCAAAGGUCCUGGGCGGCUGCUCGUCCCACAACACCCUCAUCUCCUUCCGCCCCUUUGAGUACGACAUGAAGAUCUGGGAGUCCUUUGGCGUACGCGGCUGGGACCACGCCACGCUGAUGCGCCUCAUGGGCAAGCUGCGCAACACGGUCCAGCCCGUCCACGCCCGUCACCGCAACCAGCUGUGCCAGGACUGGGUCAAGGCCUGCAGCGGCGCCCUGGACGUGCCCAUCAUCGACAACUUCAACAAGGACAUCGCCGAGGCGGGCGCCCUCACCCAGGGCGUCGGCUUCUUCAACAUCAGCUACAACCCGGACGACGGCCGCCGCUCCAGCGCCUCGGUCGCCUACAUCCACCCCAUCCUGCGCGGCGAGGAGUCCCGCCCGAACCUGACCAUCCUGACCAACGCCUGGGUCGACCGCGUCAACGUGGCCGGCGACGCCGUCACGGGAGUGAGCCUGACCCUGCGCGACGGCAGCAAGCGCGUCGUCGAGGCCGGCGCCGAGACCAUCCUGUGCGCCGGCGCCGUCGACACCCCACGCCUGCUGCUGCUCUCGGGCCUGGGCCCCAAGGACCAGCUCUCGGGGCUCGGCAUCCCCGUCGUCCGCGACGUGGCGGGCGUGGGCGAGAACCUGGUCGACCACCCCGAGUCCAUCAUCAUGUGGGAGCUCGGCCGGCCCGUGCCCAAGAACCAGACCACCAUGGACUCGGACGCGGGCAUCUUCCUGCGCCGCGAGGCGCCCGACGCCGCCGCCCGCAGCGGCGCCACCCCGACCAACCCGCGCGCCCUGCCCGACGGCGCCGUGGCCGACGUCAUGAUGCACUGCUACCAGAUCCCCUUCGCCCUCAACACGGCCCGCCUGGGCUGCGACGUGCCCGCCGACGGCUACGCCUUCUGCAUGACCCCCAACAUCCCCCGCCCCCGCUCCCGCGGCCGCCUGUACCUGACAUCGCCCGACCCCAAGGUCAAGCCCGCCCUCGACUUCCGCUACUUCACCGACCCGGACGGCUACGACGCCGCCACCCUCGUCUACGGCAUCCGCGCCGCCCGCAAGGUGGCCGAGCAGGAGCCCUUUAAAGGCUGGAUCAAGCGCGAGGUCGCCCCGGGCCCCGCGGUCCAGACGGACGAGGAGAUCAGCGAGUACGCCCGCCGAGCCGCACACACCGUCUACCACCCGGCGGGCACCACGCGCAUGGGCGACGUCGAGUCGGACCCGCUCGCCGUCGUCGACUCGCGCCUCAGGCUGCGCGGGCUGCGGGGCGUCCGCAUCGCCGACGCCGGCGUCUUCCCCACCAUCCCGUCCAUCAACCCCAUGCUGACUGUCAUGGGCAUCGCCGAGCGCUGCGCCGAGAUGGUGGCAGAGGACGCGGGCGUGAAGCUGCCUGCCAAGCUGUAGGCUGCUGCAUUCCUGAAAUUAUGUGACUCUAUUUUGGGGUCAUGUUUCAAGUUUGAAUGUGAACAUGACCUUGUCAUUUGCUUGUUUUUCUCCUUUACGUCUUUAUGGGCAUUUCUCAAGAGUGUCGAUAUGUAGAUACCCUAUCGUCCUGGAGCUUCAGCUUGAGCGAACCUGGAAGGAUGCGAAAGAAAAAAAAUUGGAUUUACGAAUGUGGAAUCUCAAUGAAUCAAGUCUUUGUAUUGAGACUAUACUACAAGAUGAGAUAUCAUCACGCCGGGCUCAUGCUCGUCUGUUCUCCAGACAGCGAACCAAAUCUGAAAUAUCUCCAGCGGGUCUCCAUGUCAAUCCAGCCAUCGCACCAUCCGUUUGCACUUCAAGAAGAAGCGCAAAGAGGGACACACCCGUUUCGUCCCGCAUAGCCGACGAAAGAAAUUGCAUCUUCUUUUCCUGUUCCUCUGGAGCUGCCAGCCUCAAACGUCCGACGGUAAUAGCCCUCUAUGGCCGCCCACCAGAGCCGUCCCUGCACACGCAGGCCGCGCACGACGCGCUCAGCUGGUUCCGGAGCUCGCCGUUGACGGUGCAGUAGAAGAGCCGAUUGUCGGGCGUGCAGUAGUCCUGUAUGUCGCGCGGGCACCGGAUGUUCCACAUCGGGGGCGGCGACGAGAGCGCGUCCCCCGUGGCGUCUUGCGGCGGCAGCGGGGACGCCGAGGAUAGCGCGGGCAGGAGGGACAGCAGCGCGCCGCCAAUGAUGGUUUGUGACGUGGCGACCUGGUGGGUGGUGGUGACGGGACUUGUUAGGUUGGACGUCAAGGGCUGUUUUUAGGGGAUAGCGGAAGAGUGGUGCUGACCUUCAUCUUGUGAUAACUCGCCGACCAAGACCAAGAGGCUCUGCGCUUGUGGCUUUCUGCCUUUGCACAACGGAUGAUCGUCGGUACAGGGCGCCACACCGCGGUGCCGAGGGAUGUGUGAUGUCCACUGGGACGCUUUGGGUAGGGGGGACCUGCAGACUUGAUGGUGCGGCUGCAACCGAAAGCGUAUUGCAACUAGCAGCCGAGCGAUCGGCGAGCUCCCCGUGACCUUGUGUUUUUCUAGUAUUCGGGUGUGUCGAUGGAGCGGCAGGCUGGUGAUCCUCGCCCCGCUGCGGUGGGCGAUCUCUUUUGGCGGAAGGGGUUGAUCGGCUCGGCUAUGAUGUGUUCCCACCCGGGCGAGGGAAGAGCGGCCCUUCUUAUAAUAACGACGACGGUUCGAUAGUUGCUAUUUGCGGUCCUCUUUGGCCUUGGUGUGGAGACCUAGGCUAGAUCGAGUUGGUCCAGCAUAUCUAGGGUAGACAAGACAGGGGAGCUUAUCACAAGGACUUUUUGUCAAGACGCCGAUGGGGUUGUGAGCGCCGAUGCUGGCCGUUAGAGUAUGGAGCUGAGCCUUGGCUGUAGGAGGAGGGUGGUAUUGAUGGGAAAGAGCGCAGCCAGACAGGGGGGAGACGACCCUAGAUUCUUCCGCUUUGGGAUACCGCGGUUCUCGCUUUCUCGGCUUCCCGGAGCUCCCGGCUUAUCAGGUAUCUGCAAUAGGACACUGAUUCUGCGUGAUGAAGCAACCAAAGGCUAGAUGGAAGCGACGCAGACUAGGCCUAGCGGGCUGAGAGGUGUGUGGGCCAGACGAAG